AUGCAUUUUUCCAAACCAGGGGCUUCUUCCGGUGACGGAGAUAACCCAUCAAGUUCCGGUUCCGUUGAAACGACACCUUGCAGUACACCAAAUAUGUUCUCAAAUCAAGAUCAUAUACAGCUUCCUACAUCUGCUUUCAUUGGUCAAGCCGCUCCUACCAUUCACUUUGUUCCCGGGUCUUGGCAAAGCACGGCCUCGUCCGUCUUGAAUCAGGUUUCUCCUCUAGAACCAGCAGUCACUGUUUUCGCUUCUACUGCAAUCAAUGGCAGUAGACUAAACUCAACAGCAUUAACAUCUGUCCCGCCCAUGUUCGCCACCCGUCGUCGUCGGCAUCUAGCCUACUCUACUGGACUAAACGCCUUUCGUGGCCGACAACAACAAAGGUUUGCUCAACAACUGAUCCAUUCCCGAAAACGACACUCACCGUUCACGCGUCACUCAGAUCCAACCCAUCAUUUGCGUCCUAAUUUAAACACGGUUGCAUCGCAGCUAAUUAUGGGAAGCUCAUCUUCCGGUCCGAUCCCGGAAACUUUCACCAGUACAGGAAAAUACAGUGCGGCUACUAGUGCACUCGGUCUCAAAUCGGUUUCCUGUCGAUUGGCACCUAGUCCGCCAGAUUCACAAGGUUCUUGCAGUUCACCAGCCUACUUUCCAUCAGACAGUGUUCCAUUACCACCGGUCAAACCAGACGGAGGCCAACCAUAUUCCGAUUCAGCGUGUGAACGUGGUUGCCACAUCUCGACAGGACUGUCCGGUAACAGUUCGAUUACAUCACAUAACGACCAUUUGCAAGCCUCUGUUUAUGCCAUCGAUUCCAGUUCCCGAGAGCUUGAACCGCAACUAAAUUUGCCUCAGUUGUCUGUGAACGCUGAUGUGCUGCAUCAGAGCAUGCUUCAUCACAUGGAUGCCAUGCACACCCAAACUCAGAGAUCAUCUAAUACCGGACACGAGGACUUACCGGCAAACGAGCAAGAGGCACAUAUGGUGGUUGAUAAUCUACUUACAUUGGCCUACGCAGCGUGCACCACAUCUCCGAAUCCCGGUCCUCAGACCAACUUAGAUCAAGUUGACAAUGGUCAUGGUUUGUCCCAAUCCAACAGCCAGACGCAGAUCAGAUCAGUAUCCCCCGGGUCUCAUGGUCGUCAUCCAAACAGACCGAGUCAGUUACGAAUAGAUCCCAUUCCGUCUUCACAAACAGGACACAAUUUCACCGCCCAUCGUGCUGCUUCCGAAACUGAUCAGGCUGCCGUAGUCGCUGCUGCUGCGGUCGCCUCAGCGGCAGCGCAUGCAGUGGCUGCUGCGGCUCAGGCGGUAUCAGCCGUCGUACAGCAUCACCAGUCUCCUGAUGAACAACUGCCUGCCACACCAGUUUCCGUCUUACCCCGGAGACUGAGCACUUCCGUAAGGCAGCAAACGUUCACUGUCCCUGUUUCUUCCAUGAACAGUGCUUUGUAUAUAUCCCCGACCCAGAUAGAUCUUGCUGCAGUCAUAGCCUCAGGGAACGAUCCGCAUGGUCCAUCACAACCCGCAGCUCUCCAACGGUCUAUGGCUUCGUUUAAUCCAAUUUCACUGGCACAUUCGUCACGACCAAUGGGGUCAAGGCUGGCUUCAUCAACUGCAAAUGAGCAUACUGCACCAUUUCCACCUCAGUCCCAUCCAUCGCCACUCGGUGGUCAGUAUGGUUGUCCUCCCUAUCCACGUCGCUCAUCUAAUUCCUUGCCGCGAACCUCGUUUCCCAUCACUAGCCAAGCUGCGCAUGCGGUUGCUGCGGCAGCAGCAGCCCGAGUUGCCGUGGCGGCUGCAGCUGCCGCUGCUGCAACAUCAUCUGCCACGUCAGUUCCCUGUUCGUUUUUCACUCCGGCUUCAGUUCAUUGUGGAACGCCAUUGUUAGAUCAUCUGGUGCCGUCCAGUCGAUUACUCAGCUUAGGUUCGCUUCAUGGCUCUGUGAGCAAUACUGUCCUACCAUCGAAUUCAUGUCCGUCUCAUUCCGCUGAAAGCAAUCUAGUCACAGUUCCCACUGAAGUGGCCACUGCAGCUGCCGCGGCUGCUGUGGCAGCUGCAGCCGCCGCAGCCAGUCAGCCGAACACGUUGGCAAAUGCGGCCGCAUUGCAUGUGGCUGCAGCCAGCGCAGCGCAUCAAGUGAUCAAUAUGACGCACUCACUAUCCCAGUCUCGUCCACCUCCGAUGCCAGUACUGGGUCCACCGAUGUCCACACCGGCUUCGCUCAUCUCUCCUGUUCCAUUAUUCUCUGUUCCACCGAGAAACGCAUUGUCUACCACGCGUGACAUACAUUCGCUUCUGCGAUUUCUCCGUCUGAUUAACCAGCGACAGGACACCUACUCCCUUCCCUAUUAUCCGUCCGCCAUGACGGCUACUGCCGGUGCCUCUCAUCCAAGUGUAGUUGUUAGCGCUUCCGCUGGUGGCCUAUACGGUAGCCGUGUCGCCUCAGCAGUCACACCGCCUUUGGUGGCAAAUCAUCAUUCGGGCAUGUCUCAAGCAUCCUCUAACCCAGCUGUGAUCCAGCCAAUCCAUACAAUACAUUACACAUUGCCUCCACCCGGACUAUUCACACCGACAAUCUCAGCUAUUCCUGCCACUCACACGGAUCGCGUUCAUGCUUCCACAUCACACCCAACGAGCUCAGCAGCUGUUGCUUUGGCUGCCGCUGCUAUGGCUGCUGCUGCAGCGCUUCAGCAGCAUCAUACCCGCCAGACGCCAGCGAAUGCAAUCUCGAUGUUGGCAGCUCCUCGUGCAGCUCCCACACCUUCCAUUCCAGUUCCCAUUUUACACGCUCAUCUAUAUUAUCCAACGAGCGUUGGAACAAUGCAUCAGGUGCAUGUUCGACAAUCUCCCUCUUGCUAUCAUCAUAGUCAUUAUGGGCAUACCCAUCAACAUCCCGCUCAUCAAUCUCAACAAAACAUGAGUUGCCCAAUGCAGACUAGUUCCGCCGACUUUGUACCCGCCAGCGCAACAAGUAUAGGUUCUCCAGCCUAUUUGACCAGUCUAUUUCCGUUCCUGUUGGCUGUUCCUGCUACACCAGCGUCAGCCGCUGGUCCAACAUCCACUGAUGUAGCUGAUUUAUCAGCCUCUCUGUUAGUUCAGUCUGCUGCCGCAGCUGCGGCGGCUGCAUCGGCUUCCGAUCGUGCAGGUGAUACUCGAAUUGGAGGAAUGCCCUCGGGACCGGACUCAUCUGGAUCUUCCUCAUCGGCCGCCACAGCAGCGGCGGCUGCUGCGGCCGCCGCGGCUGCCGCAGCUGCAGCUGCCAGCGUGGACACAUUGUAUCAUUUGGCUGUACAGUUGGCAUCCAACACUCGCCGGGGUUUGACUGCUGAGGAAUUGAAUACUCUAACGAUCCGAUCGUAUAUCAAGCCAGAUCGCACGAACAGUGAUGCUCUCCAGAACAAAAAUAAAACCACUGAUACUAAAUCGGAGCUGAACGGGUCGGCUGUGGUAGAAGAGGAGCGCUGCAUGAUUUGCCUGGACGAUUACGUCGAUAAAGAUUUGUUGCGCACAAUGCGCUGUCGACAUGAGUUCCACGUUAAAUGUGUGGAUAAAUGGUUGAAAACAAAGCGAACUUGUCCGUUGUGUCGUGCAGACGCUUUUGAUGGCACACAGCGAAAGGAAGAAGUUUUCUAA